CCACCGGGUGGCGAUUAAAUUGGAUCCGCUUUCGGCCCAGGAAGGGAAUUGAUCGCAUCGGACAUUGCGGGCCCGAUAGGAAACGCCUUAAGGGACGGGACUAACAGGUCCAAGCGAACAGGUCAGAAACGGCUGAUUCUGACCGCAAAAGAGGCAGCACAGAGCAUAUUCCCUGUCACUCAUCGAGGCGGGGCAGGAAAUAAGUCCCAUCAUCUCAGAGGAACCGGAAUUGGUUGUCUCAAGCCGGAAGUGGACAAUUUCUGGUCCCUCCCAGAACGGAAGUGAACCCCCCAGACCGGAAAUGUGUGAUCCUUUCAACAUGGAGCUGGUUCCACUCACCAGGCUGCUGCAGGGGAAGUGGGUGGUGCUGGCGGUCCCAGGAGGCGGGACAUCCUGUCCUCCAUGGGACUGCAGUUCGAGGUCGUACCCUCCCACUUCCAGGAGUCCCUGGAGAAGGCGAGAUUUCCGGCUCCGCCCGAAUAUGCCUGGGAGACAGCAAAGCUGAAGGCUCUGGAGGUGGCUUCGUGGCUGCUCAGGGACCUGCACCCUCCUGAUGUCAUUAUUGGAGCUGACACCAUCAUGGCCGUGGAUGGCUUCAUCCUGGAGAAGCCAAAGGACAAGGAUGAUGCCUACAGGAUGCUGCGCAGGCUGAGUGGCCAGCAGCACAGUGUCAUCACCGGUGUGGCCAUCUUGAGGCCACUGUGGCGGGGAGGCAGGGACCCAGAAGCAGAAGUGGAAUUGUCACUGUUCCACGAAGAGACCCGUGUGACAUUCUCGCGGCUAUCGGAGCCACUGCUGUGCGAAUACGUGGAGAGCGGGGAGCCUCUGGACAAGGCUGGCGCCUACGGGCUUCAGGCGCGAGGUGGUGCCCUAGCAGAGCACGUGGAAGGAGAUUUCUUCAAUGCCGUGGGGUUUCCACUCAACCGCUGCAUGCGUGAGCUGGCUGCCAUCUUCCCGGAUGUGGGACCACAAGUCCCUGUCAGCCAGCGUCCGGCCACACCCCAAUAAUGAGGAUUGUAGAUGGAGAGUGAGUAUGUGAGUGACUGUCUGGGCGGGAAUUCUGGUGAGAGAGUGACUGAAGGGGCGGGUCUUCUGGUGAGUUUGUGAAGCAGUGACCCAUUUCCCAUGAUGCCCUUGGUGCAUUGUGUUUGAUUGACAGAGCAAGGUUCCCUCAAGUGCAUCACUUCCCAGUGCUAGGACACAGGACAUGGGGUGAGGUGUGUGGAGGCAGGGUUAGGGGACAGGCCCACCGAGGGGAGUACACCUAAACCCGCCCCUGUGGCCCUGCCCCUCCUGAUGCCCCGCCCUCACCAUCUCCAUGGGCCCUGCCCUUGCCCCCACUGGGUCCUGCAUGAGCAGCUUCACCAUCAGAUGCCUGUGAUGGACAUUUGACAUCAGGAGCAGGGUCAGGGGAGGCCCCACCCCCUGCCCGCACUCUGAUUUGCAUAUUCAAGAGCUGCCUGGAGACUCAGAAGACAUCAAGUACAGAAACUGCUGGGGUUAAUUUGCAUGGCCACACC